AAGAACAGAUGCUAACUUCACCAAGAGCUGCACCUGGAACGAGAAUAUCCAAUAUAUACCAUGACGAUGCUGAAAAGCCAAUCGGCAAAUAUUGCGAUCAGAUUGAUCAUAAUGAUCCUGCUUUUUGCCGUUUCGUAGAAGAAACUAUUUAUAAAACUCAAGAUAAAACUGAAGAUAGAGAAGAAAAUAAUUUAACACCUAAUUGA